UUCCUAGACUUCCCUUCCAUAAUAAUCUUGUCAUAUCCAUUUAUCCUACUCUUCCCCGACUUCUUCUUCUUCUUCAUCAUCUUUGCUUUGUAGUAGAAUAUAAAAUCCUAGUAUGGAGGUUAGUGUCUCAAAACUAGUUAAUUUUCCUCUAGUAUUAGUGUUACUAGUAAUUGUAUAUCCAAUUUCAAGUGGUGCUAAGAGCAAGUGUGAUUUUCCGGCGAUAUUCAACUUUGGUGACUCAAAUUCCGACACGGGUGGAUUAUCGGCGGCAUUUGGUCAGGCUGGUCCGCCCGCCGGAGAGACAUAUUUUGGUGCCCCUGCCGGACGCUACUCUGAUGGUCGUCUUGUUAUUGAUUUUAUUGCUGAAAGCUUAGGAUUACCACAUCUAAGUGCAUUCUUAGAUGCACUUGGUUCAAACUUCAGUUAUGGAGCCAACUUUGCCACAGCUGGUUCUACAAUCAGACCCCAAAACACAACUCUACACCAAAGUGGUUUCAGCCCUAUUUCAUUAAACGUUCAGAUUUACGAAUUCAACGAUUUCCAUCGCAGGUCUCAGAUUAUACGUUGCAAAGGGAAUGUCUUUAGUCAGUUGAUGCCUAAGGAGAAACAUUUUUCCCACGGUUUAUACACAUUUGACAUUGGACAAAAUGAUUUAACUGCUGGUUACUUCCUUAACAUGACCACUGAUCAAGUUAGAGCUUAUGUGCCUGAUUUAAUGGAUCAAUUCAAGACUGUAAUGAAGGACAUAUAUGAUCAAGGUGGUAGAUAUUUUUGGAUUCAUAAUACUGGGCCUGUUGGUUGUCUACCUUAUAUCUUGGAUCGUCUGCUAAUUACGGCAGCACAAGUUGAUAAGGCAGGAUGUGCCUCUCCCUUCAAUAAGGUGGCUCAAUAUUUCAAUGCUAAAUUGAAGGAGACUGUGGUCCAGCUCCGAAAGGAUCUUCCAUUGGCUGCUCUUACCUAUGUUGAUGUAUAUUCUGCUAAGUACGAACUCAUUAGUCACGCUAACAAGCAUGGGUUUGAGCAUCCACUACGAGCUUGCUGUGGGCAUGGAGGAAAGUACAAUUAUAACAUGAAACAUGGAUGUGGAAGCAAGAUCAAGGUUAAAGGCAAAGAAAUAAUGUUGGGAAAAUCAUGCAAAGAUCCAACAGUAAGAAUCAAUUGGGAUGGUGUACAUUACACUGAGGCUGCUAAUAGAUGGGUGUUUGAAAAAAUUGUCAAUGGUUCAUAUUCAGAUCCUCCACUUCCACUGAACAUGGCAUGUCAUAAGCAAUAAGCUUAUUCAUCAAAGAUAGCAGAAAAUUGUCCAAGUACGAUAUCUAUUUCGUUAUAGUUCUCAACCUCCACCGCAUUAAUUUUUAUAUAGUCAUCAUAAAUUUCACUUUGUUUUUAAUUUGAUUCCCAAAUUUACCAGCAGUCAAAAUUCUUUCAUUUUUGGGGCACGUCAACUUUGCAAUACGGGCAUCUUUUCAUGACACUAAGGAGGAGCACGUUACGUUAUUUUGUUAAAUGGAUAAAACCAACUUGAGCACUUAAGGAACUAAUCAUGAUUUAAACUAAAAACCCAAAGUUUCUAUGUUACUACUAUUUAUUACUACUAUAAGUAGGACGACGAAGUCCUGCUUUAGGGUUAUUUUUGGCAUUUCAAAAUUUUAUAAUUUGUGUGUUUUAAAGUUGUUCUGGGUGUACUUUGGCUUUGUUGGACACGUGUCAAAACACCGGUCACCCUCUUUAAUUUCCUAUCUUACCCUAUUUUUCUCCCUCUCUCUCCUCUCUGUCUGUCUUUUCUUCCUUUGGCGUUAGGUUUGGAAUUAAAGCUGCAUUGUUCAUUUGUUUGUGUUGUUGAUUUUUUGGUUAGUUCAUCCUCAUAGAAUUGAACUAUUCUCUUCAAAUCUCAGCAGUGGUCACACAUGAGUAUACUUAGGAUUCAAUUUGCAUGGCUUGAAUUUUUUUCCAGUAUAACUCUUCAAAUCGAAACAAAACUGGAGAAGACGACUAUUUAAAUUUCUCCGAUUAAUGUGUCGUGAAACAAAAGAAGAAGAAGAAGAAUAAGGAUGGAUAUUCAUGUGCGAGCAGUUAAGUUUUUACGUCACUUAGAACUUUAAUUUCAUAAUAGUCUGAUUGGCAUCGUCUGUAUUCCUAUUCGUCCGUAUUACCUGGUUUUUUCAUUUUUGGCAGAGUAUUUUCUAACUACUGAUUUAUUGAAAGACCUAGGGUGUGUUUGGUACAGAGGAAAAUAUUUUUCGAAAAAUAUUUUCCAAUUUUCCCAUGUUUGGUUGGCUUAAAUAUUUUGAAAAAUAUUUUCCUUAUGAACUCAUUUUCCUCCAAUAGGAAAAACAUUUUCCAAAAUUCCUUCUCAACCUUUCCCACCCUCACCAACCCACCCCA